ACCAAAAAGUACGGUUUUCCGUACUAUUCAUCACACAACCGUACCACUAUCGUACCUCAGUUCAGACCGUACCUUUUUCGUACCUUUUCCAUAUUAGUAGUUUAUUUUUCACUACAACCUACAAAGGGUAAAAAACAAUAAAAAAUCGCCUUUUUAUGUUUUGCUCAACAUUCUGAAUUUGUGUUCAAAAAACUUUUUUCUUCCAAACAAAUAAGACUUAGCUGUUUGGAUUACAUUCAUUGCCUUUCUUACUAAGAAACGAUGAACUUAAAAAAAAAAACAAAAUAUAGUCUGCGGUCUGCAGGACUCAAAGAAUUGGCGGGACUAUCACCAAAUGUCAAAUAGUCAAUCUGAAACCGAGAUCGAACUAAAUAUUUAAAGAUAACUUAUUUUCACAAGUAUGAUUAGAAUUUGGUUUUAAUAUAAAGUACUGCGUUCUGUUGUUCGGAUAAUCACAUAACUGAUUGAGAAAACAAUACGAAUCUCGAGACGGAAGAAAAGUUAAGUCAAGGUGUUGGAAAAUGGACAGAUUUAUAACGAAGCGAAAACGUAGCCCUCCUGAUAAUAACAACUCUCAAAAUAGUAACCAGACUACUAAACCUGAUCAUUCAACUAAGAAGAAAUGUUUAAGUCCUAGCAUACCUGGCCCUUCAUGUACUGACGCACUAACAAAACCUACCCAGCCACAAGAAUCAAAUCAUUCCAACGGUUUCAGUCUGCUAGACAAAUCAAAUCCAUCUUACAAAAAAAAACCACAAGCCUUACUUGAUACUUGUAACGAAAAUGAAGGAAUCCAGAUAGCAACAAGUAAUGACGAGCAUAAAAAAAAUAUUCCAAUCAAAUCUAAAAAAGCAUCGGAUAAGACUGAAAAACAUUUAUAUGUUUUUAGCGAGAAAUGGUUGGAAAUUAAAGAACUCUCAGAGUGGCUAGUUUCAGACACAGUUAAAGGCACAAUCAGUGCAAAAUGCAAAUACUGUCAAACUACGUUACCCAACCACAAGCCGCACUUGAUACGGCACUCUGAAACUGAUAAACACAAAUCAAUAAUGAAAGCGAUUAAAUCCACAUCAAAUAUUAAAGAAUCAUUAAAACCAUCAGAUGAAGAUCUCUCAGCAAAAAGAGGUGAACUUAAAAUUGCUGCAAUGCUGGCUACAAAUAAUUUACCAUUCCUCUUAUCAGACACUCUAGUUAGCUUAAUAGCGGACAUUUGCCCUGAUUCGAAAAUUGCUCAGAAGAUGAAGAUGGGUCGUACGAAAGCAACAGCAGUUGUAACACAAAUUUUAGGGCCCAGUCUUCGAAGUACUUUGCAUGAUUAUUUAAAACAACUCGGUAAUUUCUUUUGCCUAAUAAUGGAUGAAACAACUGAUGUUGGAACAAAAAAACAAUGUGCGAUGACAGUAAUAUAUUGUAACAAAGAAUUUAAAAUAGAAACAGAAUUCUUCGAUUUGCUGGAAAUGGCUUCAGGUACGGCUGAUGACUUGUAUAACGCAUUAAUACAGAGCGUUGAAACUAAAAAAAUCCCACUAGAAAACUUAGUGGGAUUUUCUUCAGACACGACGAACGUAAUGGUGGGUGAAUAUAAUUCUGUGUUCGCCAAAUUGAAAGAAAGACUUCCUAACAUAGUGUGUGUCCGCUGCUCUUGCCAUAUGAUUCAUUUGGCUGCCUCUAAGGCUUGUCUAAAACUGCCAAAAUCAGUAGAAGAUAUGUUACGGAACAUUGGUUCCCAUUUCAGCCGCAGCCACAAUCGACAACAGAAGCUUGCAGAAAUGCAACGCUUCUACCAAACAGAAAUUCAUCAGAUUCUUUUGCCGGCAACAACUCGGUGGCUUUCUUUGAAGGCAUGUGUCGACCGAACGCUGGAACAGUAUCCUGCCCUGGAAGCCUAUUUCAGACUUGAAAUCGUGGAAGAUCCAUCCAGAAUAACUGAAAGUAUAAUUUCCAGUUUGCGUAACCAGUUUACAAAAUUUUAUCUCGAGUUCAUGGCAUAUGUGCUAGACCUGUUAAAUGACUUCAAUAUUACUUUUCAGUCUGAAUCGCCAUUACUUCAUAAACUGAAACCAGCCGUAGAAGGGCUCAUCCGCACCAUUGCAAGUAACUUCAUUGAUUUACAUCACGUCAAAAACACGCCUCCUCUAGAGAUCGAACAUAAAAACCCAAGGUUGUACUUGCCUUUGGAAAAUUUGUACCUUGGUGUUCUUGUGAACUCAAGCCUCAACGAGGUUGAAAAUGAGGUUAGAAAAGAGGACCUGGAAAGAUUCAAACUAGAUUGCCUGGCAUUUUAUGUUGAAGUUAUAGAACAAAUAAAACAAAGAUUUAUAUUUACAGACCCAAUUUAUGACAUAAUCCAAAUAGUCCAACCAAAAAUUAUGAAAUCCUUUGAUCCACAAAUGAUAAAUUCAAUUUUAAACAGAUUUCCUUUUUUAGCCCCCACAUAUCUGAAUAAAAAUGCAUUAAUAAACGAAUGGCGGGAGUACUGUUUAUUAGAUCCGACAAGUUUGGACGACAGUAUAUCGAUUCAAAUGAAUGCUGCUGAUUUUUGGACAAAAGUGUUUAAAUUAAAAGACAUUGGUGGCACAGAAAAAUUCAAAAAUUUAAAAAUUCUGAUAGGAUUUCUACUAAUUUUGCCUUUUUCUAAUGCCUCAGUGGAAAGAGUAUUUAGCAAACUAAAGCUGAUAAAGACUGAACAUCGGAAUCGCCUCAAUACCGAAACUAUUGCCGCAUUAAUGGCUACUAGUUCAUCUAUACAACAACAAGGUGGUAUAAAAAAUUUUGAACCCAGCACUUUUAUGUUAAAUAAGAAGAUACAGUACUCAAAUUAAUGUGAUUUAGUAGUGAAGUGAUACAACAUGAAAUUACCUCUUUUGUAAACUUUAAAAACUUAUGAUUUCGACAUACCUAAAUAAAUGUUUAUUGUAUCUGUAGAGAAAUAUUACCAAUUUUGUAGAUUGAAAUGAAAACUAUUAACUUGCAUUGAGCAUGGGUGCAGGCUAAGUAUUACGUAUUUUGGAAUGAAGUAAAGCAUGUCUACAGACAGAAUGAAACAUAUCCAAACUAUUGAAACUUCAAGCAUGUAUUAGCAAGUUAUUUAUUUAUAAACUCGUGGUAAGUUAAAUUAUUAUUUUACGAGCAUUUUUCAACAUUUCAGCAAAACCAUACGGGUCGGGAUACUUCUGCAAGAACUAGAUAAUAAAGUAGAAUAUUAUUACCGAUUGCCAAUAUCGAACAAAUUCAUUUGUAAAUCAAUUAUAUUAUAUCGCUUUUUUCUAACCUAUGAUAUAUAUAUAUAUAUAUAUAUAUAUAUUUCUUUUUUCAAUAUUAAAUCUCAUAAAUAUAUAAAUCUCCCGUGAACAAUGUAUUCUCCCGUCCACAUUCUAUUCUAAGUAUAAUUUAAUAUUGUGAAGUUGACGUUGUUGAUGAAAAUGCUGCAGUGCAGUUUGUUACCGCUUCUUCUGCACUGACGCCUUGGAAGCGGCAGUAAACUUAGUUUUUAAGUAAUUUAUUUGACGUCAACCAAGUUGUUAAACCAUACGACAAUUAUUAAGCGAUAUAAUAAUAUCCUAUAAUAAUGAAUAAAAAUUUUGAAUUUUGAAUUUUUUGAAUUUUAUGGUCGCAGACAGCCAACUCGAAGGAAAAAAAUCUAGUUUUUGCAGAAUCCCGACCCAACCGUACCUUGAAGUUGAAAACCGUACUUUUUCAGAAAGUCAACAGUCCUUUUUUGGGAAAUCAUACUGGCAACAC